UUUGUCGAAAAGGUAAAGGACCACCUUUGUUACUGAAAAGUCCGAGUAUUGCUGUGCCAGAAUCGGAUUUCACUUCGAGGAUUUGGAAUCGUCAUUUCGGUCCAGAAGUUAAAAGAAAACGACGAUCACCUGCUAAUGACAUCGAUAAUACAAAUAUCGUUAGCACAACGCCAAGUGCCAUUUCUAACACUAUAUCAACUCUCAAAAUCAGAACUCUCCCGACUGAUCCUCCAGAUCGUCCUACAAGGCCACGGCAGCCCACUAAAAAUCGCCGAAUACCACGUCCUACUUCGCCUACCAAACCAAAAGAAGAUUCACAGUCAAAUCCUGACAGCUCCAAUCCGCCAGAAGAACCUAAAAAUCCAACCCCAACGAAGUCUCCCAAUGUAGGACUAACUCCUUUCCCGAAACCAGAAACGAAUCCGAACCAGCCUCCAGCAACGGAUCCUCAUGCGACCCCAGUGCCACAAAAUAACGUUGAACCGACUAAAAUCAAACCUUUCGAUAAUGACGGUAUGCCAAGAUCAGAAGAACCGAGAAAAGAACUUGAUCCUAAAGACGAGAAAAAAUCCGGAGGUGAUAAGCAAGAUCCCGCCGGACAAGAACAGCCAGACGAAGGCGACGGACAACUCAUACCGGUAGUCGUUUUAGGGCCCGAACCAGCAUUCGAACCGGAAAAUACAACUCCAUCGAAGCCUGGUUCAUAUAGCCCGGAACGUUCAAACAACCUUAGUGUACCUGACAAACCUAAGACGCGUAGUACUAGAACACCAUCCAAAAAAAAUACGACGCCGUUACCUUCGGUUGAUGAUUUGCCUGAGAAGAAACCAUCCAGUAAGAAACAAAAUCCUCCACCUAAACCUGAAGACGAGGAAGAAGAACCCGACGAUUCACCCACAAGAAAACCACCAACUAAGAAACGAAAUCCUCCACCCAAACCUGAAGACGAAAAUGAAGACCCUGAAAACGAAGAUACUGACGAACCGCCUCCAAGAAAACCACCCAGCAGUAAACGAAAACCUCCACCUAAACCUGAAGACGAUAAUGAGGACCCUGAGAAUGAAGAUACUGACGAACCAGCUCCAAGAAAACCACCCAGCAAGAAACGAAAACCUCCAUCCAAACCUGAAGGCGAAGAUGAAGACCCUGAAAACGAAGAUACCGAUGAACCGCCUCCAAGGAAACCACCUAGCAGUAAACGAAAACCUCCACGUAAACCUGAAGACGAUAAUGAGGACCCCGAAAACGAAGAUUCUGACGAACCACCUCCAAGAAAACCACCCAGCAAGAAACGAAAACCUCCACCCAAACCUGAAGGCGAAGAUGAAGACCCUGAAAACGAAGAUACUGACGAACCGCCUCCAAGAAAACCACCCAGUAAGAAACGAAAACCUCCACCUAAACCUGAAGGCGAAGAUGAAGACCCUGAAAACGGAGAUACCGAUGAACCGUCUCCAAGAAAACCACCUAGCAGUAAACGAAAACCUCCACCUAAACCUGAAGACGAUAAUGAGGACCCCGAAAACGAGGAUUCUGACGAACCACCUCCAAGAAAACCACCCAGCAAGAAACGAAAACCUCCACCCAAACCUGAAGGCGAAGAUGAAGACCCUGAAAACGAAGAUACCAAUGAACCGCCUCCAAGAAAACCACCCAGUAAAAAACGAAAACCUCCACCUAAACCUGAAGACGAUAAUGAGGACCCUGAGAAUGAAGAUACUGAUGAACAGCCUCCAAUAAAACGACCCAGCAAGAAACGAAAUCCUCCACCCAAACCUGAAGACGAAAAUGAAGACCCUGAAAACGAAGAUACCGAUGAACCGCCUCCAAGAAAACCACCUAGCAAGAAACGAAAACCUCCACCUAAACCUGAAGACGAAAAUGAGGACCCUGAGAAUGAAGAUACUGAUGAACCACCUACAAAAAAACCACCCAGCCAGAAACGAAAUCCUCAACCUAAACCUGAAGACGAAAAUGAAGACCCGGAAAACGAAGAUACUGACGAACCGCCUCCAAGAAAACCACCCAGCAAGAAACGAAAACCUCCACCUAAACCUGAAGACGAAAAUGAGGACCCUGAGAAUGAAGAUACCGACGAACCGCCUCCAAGAAAACCACCCAGCAAGAAACGAAAUCCUCCACCCAAACCUGAAGACGAAAAUGAAGACCCUGAAAACGAAGAUACUGACGAACCGCCUCCAAGAAAACGACCCAGCAAGAAACGAAAUCCUCCACCCACACCUGAAGACGAAAAUGAGGACCCUGAGAAUGAAGAUACCGACGAACCGCCUCCAAGAAAACGACCCAGCAAGAAACGAAAUCCUCCACCCACACCUGAAGACGAAAAUGAGGACCCUGAGAAUGAAGAUACUGACGAACCGCCUUCAAGAAAACCACCCACUAAAAAACGAAAACCUCCACCUAAACCUGAAGACGAGGAAGAAGAACCCGACGACCCACCCACAAGAAAACCACCAACUAAGAAAAGAAAUCCUCCACCCAAACCUGAAGACGAAAAUGAGGACCCUGAGAAUGAAGAUACUGACAAACCGCCUCCAAUAAAACGACCCAGCAAGAAACGAAAUCCUGCACCCACACCUGAAGACGAAAAUGAGGACCCUGAGAAUGAAGAUACUGACGAACCGCCUCCAAUAAAACGACCCAGCAAGAAACGAACUCCUGCACCCAAACCUGAAGACGAAAAUGAAGACCCUGAAAACGAAGAUACUGACGAACCACCCAUAAGAAAACCACCUAGCAAGAAACGAAAUCCUCAACCUAAACCUGAAGACGAAAAUGAAGACCCUGAAAACGAAAAUACUGACGAACCGCCUCCACGAAAACGACCUAGCAAGAAACGAAAUCCUCCACCUGAACCUGAAGACGAUAAUGAAGACCCCGACAAUCCAGAUGCAGAAGACCCAGAAAAUGACUCUUCGAGUGAUCCACCGAAUAAAGGACCUUCGUCAAAGAAACCAAAACGGCCAUCCCCGGUGGAUGGUGACGAUGAUAGUUCGAACGAUAAAGAACCUCGAGAUCAGAAUCCAGAAAAUCCAUCGGUCGAUAGGCCGUCUAUUGGAAACCGUAAUUCUCCAUCCGAACCAGAUAAGAAUGAUGAAAAUGACCCUGACGAUGAGCCACAAAGUAAACCUCAAGGACAAAGGCCCAGCAAGAAGCGAAAGCCAUCGCCUCGUCCAUCAAAAAAUGAUGAGGAAAAUCCCGAUGAUGAUGAGCCGCAGAAUGAAUCUCCCGAUGAAUCACCUAUUCAACGACCUGUGCCAAAGAGACAAAAGCAGCCAUCUCCCAACGAAGAAAAUGAUGAUAACGAUGAUGAACCAGAAGUCAGUGAACCGGAUGAUGUUAACCCUGAAGACGAAACGUCUAGUCAUCCCAAACCGAAACCUCAAAAUAAACCAAGUUUACCUGCAAGGUCGAAAAAUAAUCAGGGCCCGCAGCAAAAUCGUGCGCCAACACCGAAAAACGCUAAAGACAAGCAAAAUCCAUCCUCUCCGAAUAAUCCUCCAAGCCCAUCAGGAGAUAAUGAUCCUGAACCCGAGAGUUCCGGUGAAAAGCAACCAAGUAGUAAACGGAAGCCGUCCCCCAAUCCAUCGAUCAACCCAAAACCCAUUGCGAGUAAGCCCAGCGAUGAUACAGAAGAUGAUUCUGACCCGAAUCAGGAUCAACCAACACCAAAACCUAAUAAGAAGAACAAAAGUCCUACUUCCGAUCCGACCGAUCCAGAUGAUUCAGCUGCCAUUCCAAACUUGCAUUCUCGUUUCGGAGAUCCAGACUCAGAUCCCCCAUCAAGUAAUGGUCCGAAUGGAGCCGCAUAUUCUGACCCAGCACAUUCACCUAAAUCCGACAAUACCCCAUCAUCACAUCCACCAAAUGUGUUCAAUCCAUUUGGCGGCUUACCAUACCCGUAUGGUUUUGGAAGUGCGAACAGUUUCAGUUCUAGUUCAGCAAACGCAAAUAGCAAUGCGGGUGCGAGUGCAAGCUCGAGCGCGACUGCAAGUGCCAAUGCAGAUGCAACCGCGACUGCAAACAGUUUUGGUCAAGUGUUUAAACCUGACUGGAUACCACCAUGGGUACCUGGAUUUGGUCAAGUAGAUCCGGGAUUUUAUCCGAAUCCUUCACCUUUUAAUCAUGGGACUUCUGGCCCUGGUCCAGUAAUGAUGCCUAAUUACAUAAAUUACCCGCCUGCUAACCCUACCAGCGACGCCGAACCAAGCGGCACGCCUAUGUCCAAUCAAGCAAAGGUGCCUCCGAUGCCUGAUAUGAAUUCUGAUAAAGAACCCGACAAUAAUCCUCGCCCUUCUCCCGUUCCCAAUUACAUAUCAGGACGUCCCGAAUCUCAACAAACUCCACCUUCUGGCCCUGUGUUCUCAUCCUACACUUUCGAUCUGAGUUCUUCAAAUUCCCCUUACUCAUCCAAUCCAUUCUUGAACAACAAUCCUAGUUCUCAUCCCAACGGAAAUUGCUUCAAUCCUUCUGCACCUUGCGGUAAUUCCGGUUCCCCGUCACAUCCAAGUUCUGACGUCGCUUCACCACCCGAUAAUAUGUACUCCGUUGGUACCGGGGCCGGUGCACUCGCUAGUGCCGGAAGUUUCGCGAGUGCCUCGACGGGAUCAGGAAGCUUCGAAACACCAAUGAAUUAUCCUAACGGAGGCCCUCAAAUGGGUAGUAACGAGCUCGCAGGAUUCCCCGGCUCCAGUGGAGCAGGCGCUAGCUCUGGUGCUGGUUCCUAUGCAGGAUCGAUGUCGAAUUCAAACUAUCACAAUGAUCUACACAAGCAAAUCGAGGCACAAAACAAGGCUAUCCAGGCUCAGAUUGAGAGGCAGAUAUUCGAUCAACAGCAGGCUUUUGACCAAGGUGCUUGGGCGACAGCCUCGGCAUCGAUGCACAACGAUGACGGAUCGAACGAUCCGAACGCCUUCAUGUAUGCAAACACAUAUGCUUCGCCGGUUUAUGGAUCACUCCCUGGAAGCUUAGACCACUUACUACGUGGAAUAAUACAACGAUCUUCAAUUCGUUUAGUACAAAACCGACCGGGCGUUGCCUCUAGAAAUGGAGUGAACAGUGGAUUCCCCGGUUUCCCUGGAUUCGACGGAUUUGGAAACAACAUGGACUUUGGCAUGGGUGGUUUCCCGAGCGGUGGAUCCAGUGGAUCAGGGGGAUCUUUCGGUAACGAUCCUGCAUCUGCCAUUUCCAGUGUAAGCGUCGGACCCCAAGGCGGAUACCAAGCUGGAGAAAUAAGUCCGGUUGCACCCGGAAUAUCGUCACGAUUCGGCGAGGACGUUGACCCUCCUUCUGGGGGCAACGUCGCUGUUUUCUCCAGUUCAAGUUCCAGCCAAUCUGUUGGACCUGAUGGAAAGGUAAUCUCUCACAAAAGCUCCACCACCGGUGUCAAUGACAACGGAAAGGUCUCCAUCAAAACCGUCCACGACCCUUGAACUUGUGAAUCGAAACGCCGCUUCUAAAAUCAUUCAUGAUGGCAGAAACCGAUAAAUUGCGGUUGCAAAAAAAAUCAACUAUUACAAUUUCGAAGUAUUGUCCUAAGCUUUUCUUGCCAUAUGCAAAGUCAAUAUAUAUUUCCUAUAUAGAUAUUAUGUAACAUCAUUAUUCUAUUAAUGAAACUAUGUAAUUAAAAUGUAGCUGUUAAACGUUAAAACGUAAUAUGUGAGCAAAUAACUGGAAUGCAAUAACACCCUUUUUCUUAUCCUUCGAA